UCACCACAUGUCUUAAAAAUGGACCCACAUGAAAUGGAACAGCACUAUCUCACAUUCUAGGAACACAGAGAGAAAGAAAGUGCAGACAGCCAUGUCCACAACCACUAUUGCUCCGGCUCCAGCUCCAGCUCCAGCUCCAGCUCCAGCUCCAGCACCAAGGCUAUUAGGCAAAGUGGCAUUGGUCACUGGCGGAGCAUCCGGAAUCGGAGAAAGCAUUGCCCGCCUGUUCCACACGAACGGCGCUAAAAUCUGCAUAGCUGACAUGCAAGACAAUCUCGGAAAUCAGGUCUGCGAAUCCCUCGGCGACGAAGCAAACGUUUGUUUCUUGCACUGUGAUGUUACCGAGGAAAACGAUGUUCGCAAUGCAGUGGACAUGACUGUGGCUAAAUUCGGCACCCUUGACAUCAUAGUGAACAAUGCCGGAAUCUCCGGUGCCCCUUGCCCUGAUAUCCGCAAUGUGGACUUAUCAGAUUUCGACAAAGUCUUCAAUGUGAAUGUGAAGGGAGUGUUCCAUGGGAUGAAACAUGCUGCAAGAAUCAUGAUCCCAAAGAAGAAAGGCUCAAUCAUUUCUCUGUGCAGUGUGGCAAGUACAAUGGGAGGGUUAGGACCACAUGCAUACACAGGGUCCAAGCAUGCUGUGUUAGGUCUAACAAAGAAUGUUUCAGCUGAAUUGGGAAAUCAUGGAAUAAGAGUGAACUGUGUUUCCCCUUAUUGUGUGGCAACUGGUUUGGCCUUGGCUCAUUUGCCUGAGGAAGAGAGGACUGAGGAUGCAAUGGCUGGUUUUCGUUCUUUUGUUGGGAGGAAUGCAAACUUGCAAGGGGUAGAGUUAACUGCUAAUGAUGUGGCUAAUGCUGUGCUCUUCCUUGCAAGUGAUGAUGCGAGGUAUGUGAGUGGACAGAAUCUCAUGAUUGAUGGAGGGUUCACCAAUGCAAAUCACUUACUCAGAGUUUUUAGAUGAUCAUUGGUAUUUCACUACUUGUUAAUUAACUUAAUUGGAUGAAGAUCCCGUCUUCAUUUGUUGUCUCAUUCUCAAUUCCGCCAAUCAAAUUAUGUCAUGUAAGCAUAAGUAUGACAACUUUAACAUUAUACGAGUAGCUUUUACAUGACAUGAUAUAAUUUGGUUGGUAGAAUAGGAAAGGGGACACACCAAAUAUAUAGGGUUUAGGACAUUGCAUUGAUGGUGCAUGCAAGGAUGUAUUAAAUGUUAAUAUGCAAAUAAAUAUACUACAUCUGGCUUGAUCCCUCUAAAUAGAGGUCUUGGAUUUGAGCCAUGAAUAUCCUGGAUGUUAAUUUUUAUUAAUAAAUCUAAGGGAUUUGAUUUAUGAUUA